UCGGCGAGCCGGGGUGGAGGUUUCAACCGAGUCUUGGGUUCGGGAGAGGGCGGUGCUCCGCUUGGCCGCUCGAAAUGGCUUUCCUCUUCCAAAAGUUUCAAGAGGCUGUCAAAGCACUUGCAAAGAAUCGAAUGUUUGCUCGAGAUCCAAGACAUCUUCAGUUCGAAGCUGACAUAAACCGCCUGUUUCUUUAUACCAGUUACAAUCGUUUGGGAAAUAGUGCUGAAGAGAAUGAUGCCGACGAGAUCAUCGAGAUGGCAAACAAAGCCUCUGUUAAAGAUCAGCAGAAACAAGUCCAAGAAAACAUUCAUUUUCAAAUAAAAAACAUGUGUAAGAUCAUGGAUGAAAUUCUUCGUGUUGACAAUAAAAACAUCCCUGAUCCACCUAGUUCAAUUCCAUGCUCCCAGAAUGGUCCUCGACGACGAAGUGGGUUGAGUUUUGCCAUUGGCAAAGGAACUCCAUCUGCCAAUGAGCCUGUUGUACCUACAACGCAGCCUUUGACAUGUUCGGAGUUGUCACAGUGUCUGAUGGAUCGCCUUGGCUAUGCUCCUGAUAUCAAGCCAUCACAAAUUCCUCAUGAGGAAGCUGGCCAAGGUUUGUUCCUAAAUGGAGAGGCUGAUGUCGGAGCCAUCAUAGCAUUUUAUCCAGGGAUGAUCUAUUCGCCAGCUUACUAUCGGUAUAUUCCGGGGUAUCCCAGGGUUGAUGCUUCCAACUCCUAUCUUAUCACAAGGUAUGAUGGAAAUGUUAUUAAUGCACAACCUUGGGGUACUGGUGGUGAAACCCGAGAAUUAUGGGAUGGUUUUUACCACCCACAGUACAACCCAGAUACUUCUGAAGAAACUGGCAGAGGAUCCGACCGGAUGUGGAGAAUGCUUAGCAAGCCUUUGGAGGCCAGUAACAGAGGAACCAUUGGGGAAGUACUUGAGAGGCGCAACCCCCUAGCUUUUGGCCAUUUUGCCAACCAUCCACCUAAAGGGAUAGCCCCUAAUGUCAUGGUUUGCCCAUAUGAUUUCCCGUUGACUGAGAAAGAUAUGAGAGUUUACAUUCCCAACCUUAUUUAUGGAGAUGAAGAAAGUAUCACAAUGAGGAGGUUUGGCACAUUUUGGUUCAGAUUAGGUAGUUCUGUUGAUCCUGAUGGAGAUUCUCCGGUGCUAAAGACACUCGUACUUGUUGCAACAAGGGCUUUGUGCAACGAGGAAGUGUUCUUGAACUACAGGCUGAGUAAUCAGAAGAGACGCCCGGCAUGGUAUACUCCAGUUGAUGAAGAAGAAGAUAAACGGAGAUGGAGCUAGUAAUGGGGUAUUUAGUCUCUUGUUGCUGACAUUUCGUUUGCAUUAUACGGUUGGUCCAGUUGCUGCUGUUACUUGGCAAACAUUGCAGUGAGGUCAUUACGAAUCUUAAUUGUUGGCUUUACUCUCUUCUCACAUGUAAGUGAAGUGCUCAAACUUACCUGCAGUAAGAUAUGAUUUUCUGCAGUUGCAUGUUCAAGAUGAGAGCUGUACUGAUAAGCUCUUGACAUAUUUAUCCUCAUAAUGAUGAACAAAUUUUGUUUGGUGAAAUCCAAGCCACUUGUUGUGU